GUUUCACUCCACGCCACAGUUGUUCAGUCGUCAUGCAGCCGCGUGCAUGGUGCUAAUAAUCGCACAGAAACUGGUUAUAAUUGUUGAUCCACCACACACGUUCGUGUGAAAUUUGAAGUCGUGGCGAAUUUAAAAUAUGCUAGCAGUUGAAUUAAACCAAAUAACAUUAACGAUGAUUUGAAACUUAUGAAGUGGUAUCAGCAGAAUGAAACAUUUUUGUUGUGUUCAACAGUGGAGAAUGAAUCUAGUCCUAACUGUCGUGGUCAUUUUGCUCACUUGGUCUACGGCGAAAGGCACGCCAACUGAUAAUGGAUAUCAGAUCAGUGAUGACACAGGGCACCAUAAACACCAUCUAGGAGAAGCAAAGCUGGCGUCACAGGGACGACACCGCUUAAGGAUGCUAUUCCCCCUUCUCCUUCGAAUAUCAUCUCGCCUGGCUCAGAUCGUACCUAUGGCCCUUGCCGCUCUGGCGACUACAUUCGCCAUGGCAGUCUUGGCCAAGAAGGCCUUUAUCAUCAGCCUGGCUGCAUUUGGACUCAUGCUUUACGACACGUUUAAGAAGAAGGAACAUCGCGUAGUUCAUUACGUUGCCGAACCAUCGCAUGAAAACCGCAUAAUCGACAAUUACUACUUCACAACCGAACCACAGAAAUAUACGACUCGUUAGAUGACAGUUCCGAUUUGAAUAAUACUACAGCAGUGGGAACAUGUAUGAGGACGAUAGCAAUAGCAAUGUUCAAAAUAUUUCAGCAGCAGCCGAGUGGUACCAGAAACCACAACAGACAAAUGGAAAUAUUCAUUAUGCACUACUAUAGUGAAUGUUAGUGUUGUUGUGGUUCAACAGUUCUGCGUCGAGACGGGCUCUGGGGCCCACCCAGCCUAUCUAAUGCGUACCUGGGUCUUUUCCCGGCGGGGCGUAGUGCUGACUACUCACCCUUAUCUAGUGCAGAGGCCAAGAAUGAGUAGAAGCUAUAC